CCCACACCCGCUCCAGCCGGGUCGGGCCCUGCCCCUCCCCUCCCCCCGCCUGCGUGAGCCUCCGCAUGUGGGGCCGCGUGCAUGUGCGAGCGUGCACACCCGCGGGCCUUCCCUUUUGUUCCGCCCUGACCUCUACCUUGUGCCGCCCGCCCGGGCUGGGGGUGCAGGAGCUUCCUGCAGAUGCGCCGGAGCGCAAGGUGUGCAGCGGGCAGCGGCUGCCUCUCCUUCCUUAACUCUGCACCAGCGGCUCCUCUCUCUCUCUCUCUCUCUCUCUCUCUCUCUCUCUCUCUCUCUCUCUCCCCCCCACUCCCUCCUUCUCCCUCAAGAGCUCCUUGCUCUGCUAAGUCUGCGCUGCUGCAGGAGGACUGGGGGGCAGGGGUGCGGAGCUGGGGUGCUCGGUGUCUUCUUCCUCUCUUCUCUACCUCCCCCCGAGUGCGGACGCCGGGAGCUCGGCCCGCCCCCACCCCUGCGUUCGCAAUUGGCUCCGGGAGGAGGCGGCUGGCGCUGCCGCUGCUGCAGCAUCUCCCGGGGAGCCGCGACCCUGCACCCGCCGCCACCGCUGCCGCCUCGGUCACCAGCUCAGCCCGAAGGGCGCCCUGGGCUCCUGACGUGAAGAGAGGCGCUCCCCCUGACAGCCUGGCCUCCGGAGACCCUCCCGGGGACACUGCCCCCCGCCAGCCCUCUUCUGCUGGCUGCAGAAGUGACACCGGCAAGUGAGCCGUGGGCCUCUCCCUCGGGGCUGCCACGCCACCCCUGCCAGUGUUAGGGGACAUGGCCCUCUGCUUCUCAUCCCUUGCCGCUCAGCGGCUGCUCAGAGAGACCUCAAGAGGUCAGGGAGCCACAGUGACCCUGGACUGGCCUCACCUAGGGGUUGUGGCGAGUACAUGAAAGGUGACUUAAUUCUCCCCAGCUCCACUGGCGGGUUCUACUGGGUGCUUGCUGGACGUCUGCAGGGAAUCUGUAGGAAUACCAGCUUCUAUCCAUUUUAAAACCAAAAAGUUAUGCUUCAUCUUCUGUCACUUCUCACCAGCAAAUCAUUCAAACGAGCUGCCUGAGGUGACGACAGUGUGUCUACAGACCCAGAGCCACCAAUACGUGGGUCCCAGGAAGAGAGAUGGAGCCCCUCAGACUCUGGGGUGCGCAAGGCCUUUCCAAACCCCAGAAAGGAAAACAUGGACACAUUGAGUGAGAAUUAAAAACAUCCGUGUAGUUAAGGAUACCAUAAACGGAAACGAAAAACAAAUGCCAAACUGGAAGAAGCGUUUUCAAUGCAUCGCAGGUGGGGUCAAUAGUUUUCUCAUAAAGUAAUAUUUAAAAAAGGAAAAGGCAGACCCACCCGGGAAACAUGGGCAGAAACCUCGAUGGGCACUUUUGCAAACGGCCCUACAGCCAGUGAAGAUGAGCGUAAGACAGAUGCUGGACUUUGGCUGUUCAAAGGCACGUGAUGAAAGUCUGAUUUAUCUUCUGUCAGACUGGCAAAUGCCACUCUAAGCUGUAAAACCAAUUCUGGCAAGAUUCCCUCCCCAGCGUCCCCCAAAAUCCAACAGCAACCAAGAAGAGAGAUGCGAGAGAUGUAAGUGAGCUCAUCUUCUCUAGGAAUGCAGAGAGGGCCGAGGGGGCGCACUUCGGCACAAUGUUCCAAAAUGCCCCUAAACACACAGAACUGUCUCCUGCAGAAAUAAGCGCCCAGGCUUGACCGUGAGGCUGGCCGUUAGACACAGUACCGAGAGCUGGAAACUGUACCCAGGGUCACUACAUGAAGGAGGUCACUACAGGAAGGAAUAAGCACACUGGAAACGUCACAGAGGGGUACUGACUGAUGUGGAGUGUUAUGUAAAACCUACUGCUGAGUGAAAUAAAAGAAUCGUAAAAGCCAUGCUAUCCCGUGCAUACUAUGCUGUCAGCAAGGGGUGAACAGCUGGACAAAGAGGAAGCUGAGUGUGCGCCGUCCUCUUGUUGGACUGAGGGACCGCAUGGCCUUCCUCGCUGCCAUCAGAAGUGAUGGAGGAGCCAGCCACUCUGCGGUCACCACGUUCACCACGGUCUCUCUGGGUUUGCCCCUGUGACUCACCUUCAGCCACCUCAUCCCAGUCACCAUGCAGAGGCUCUCGAUGCACACGAAUCAGGGGCACAUGGAGGCCAGGGACAACCUGUGCUGUCCCCUCGGUGGCCAGCACAGCUCACCAGGCCCAGGGGAGCAGCAGAGAGCGCAGGUGCAGCACGGCCACCACCUCUGCCCUCCCCUGGAGGCUAAAUUUCCAAAUGGUAAUGAAAUCACAGAGACAGGGGUGAGUGUGGGCAGCCUCUGUGGGCCCCGCUUCCGGAAGCAAAUGAAAGCCGCGUCUUGCACGGGGAGACUGGCACUGUCCUACCUCCUGUCAAGCUGGGCGAGUGGAGUUUACUCCUAGAGCUGCUGCUCGGCCGGGAAGAGCACAUGCACUUCCCAGCCUUGGGACUCUUCCCGUGUGUACUCAGGUGCGGCACCUCCUCUUCAAGGGGUGUUUGCUCCGAGGGGGACGGGAUCUGGUCAGGCCGAGCGAGCUCCAAUCCACCACUCUGCUGCUCACGGCCUGGUGGAAGAGCAGGCACCACCCACUUGCUGCUCACACGUGGGUGUGCCCGGCAGUGGCACCGUCUCCUUCCCACGCCGGAAGCAGCUCCGUGGAUAAACGAAUUGUGCACACCACGUGUACCUGGCAUUCGACACUGCGUGCCGUGAGCAGCCCCCACUGUAGUCAGUGACCUGGAUGAAUCUGGCAAAUCCAGCACAGUGUGAGAGAGGACAGACAGGCCGCAUGCACUCCGAAAAUUCUGCCUUUAAGAGCCCAGAAAGAAGCUGGGACAGCACAGCAGGUGCUUGAAAAAUUCAACAUGGAAUCAUGUGUUUCGCCUGGUAGUCUCACUGCUGGACACUUGGAGCAUACAGAAAAGAACGAGGGGGGUCUCCAGGAGACCACAUACCAUGUUUAUAGCACAUCAUUCAGUAGCCAACGGGCGGAAGCAGCCCACUUGUCCAUCAGUGGAUGAAUGGACAGACAAAAUGUGGCCCACACAGGGGAACAGACAUCUUAGAAAGGAAGGUGGCAUGGUGGCCUUGAGGACAUCGUGCUGAGUAAUGUUAAUACAACAAUCCUGUCCCAGGAGACUGGAGCUGGAGCUGCCUGCUGGGGAGGGAGGGCUCGGCGUCAGUGGGGACCGAGCCUCGUUUCCGGGUUGAAGGCAGUCCCAGAGGGGACGGCAUCAGUGCUUCACGAUGCUGAAGUGCAUGGCAUCGAAUUUCCCCAUCCUGAAUCCAAGCACUGAAUCUGACUGGUUUCUCACCCAGAGCUGUAGGGAGAAUUGUGUGUGACCAAGGCUGUGCUAUCCAAUGAACGAUGGAUAGAAAGGUAAUUUUCCGUGUGCAUCUUACCAUAAUAAGAUAUGGUAACGGUUCCCCAACAGUGACAGAGAACAAGUGAAGGCCACACCUCUGAAAGCGGCUGCGCUGGGGUCAGCUUGGGGCGUCCCUGAACUCUAGAGCCCAGGUGCCGAGCGUGGCAUCGUGUGUGUGUGUUAUCUGACUUCACAUCAAGCCUGUGAACAUGCACUAUUUCUCCCCCAGCAGACAGCUGGGAUGACCGAGGCGCGGCCAGCUGAGCAAUUUGGGGCUGAGUCCACUCCUGGUAAGCAGGAGAGCUGGGCUGUAGAGCCAGGCGCUCUCAUUUGGCAUUGGUGUCACCUGCUCUGAACCAUGAUGGUGUCCCCAGGCUUCAGCCAAGUCCCUUGAGUCACUUCUGCCUCUCGGCAACAGCCAAUAACGCUCCUAUGAGCAGGGAUAUGUUCGCUUUUCACUGCUGUGACAAAGCACAGGAGAACCAUAACUUAAGGAGAGAAGGUUCCCUUCGGCUCUCUGUUACAGGGCUCAGUCCGCAGCGAGCUGUGGCCGCCUCCCGCCUGUGCAGGCAGAGGCAGAGGUGGGGCUUCCCUCUGCCUUGACACUCUGGGAUCCCUAAUGUGUCGUCCUUGCUGCUUUCCCUGCUUAUGGUACCCAGAGAACCCCAAGAGUUAACCUGAGAUCUCUCACUGUUCCUAAGAAAGGCUGGUUUCAGGGGGGCCCUAGGAAGGCUCCUGGCAGGUGCCCCAUGAGGCUGGCACCACCUUCCUCCCUCCUGCCAGGUGCUUGGGCUCAGUUGGAGCACGGCUGCCCUCUCCUGGCCCACAGAGGUAGUGCAUAGGGAGAUGGGACAGGGAUUCACAGAGCAGCACCUCCAGAACCUGGUCCCACGAGGCACUGUGCUGGAGGCCAGAGAGGGGGGACAGGGACUUCAUAGGCCCCAGCACCAGCAGGAAGGGGAGUGACACCCACACAAGGACCAGGCCUUUGGACUGUCUGUGCCACCUGGUUACAAGGAACUUUAAAACUUUGGAAGGAUCAAAGAAACUCAUUUUGCACUGGGGAAACUGAGGGCUCGAGAAGCAGAGAAACUUGGCAAGGGCUGGGAGCAUCUGGCACACAGGCCAGACUGGGGUUGGUGAGGGGGGCAAGCAGGCGAUUCCCUUGUGUACCUGAGGCGCUGACGAGAGGCCAGGCCCACGGCCAUCAGCAGUUAGCACAGUGCCCUGGGUCGUUCCAUGAGUAGCACCUAUAUAACCCCACUGCCCAUGCGCCUGGGGGUUACACAGGGCUGAGUGGGGGUCCUCCCUGCUCUCAAGAUUCCAGGAUGCAUAAGACAUGGGUCCAAGUGGCCCCAGCUACAAAGGUCACCCCCAGGCCACCAUCUGGAGACACGGCCCAGGCUGCAGAGCACACCGGAGAGAGUGGCCACAGGGGCAGGGCUUUCAAGAUGCCCCAGCACCUCUAUUCCCUGGUCCUGCAGCUCUGAAGUAAACACCUGCAUUGGAACGCACCCCCCACAUACCCUCAGGGAAUCCCUCUACUUACCAGGGGAACCCUUGGAUCACAUGCCACCCCAGAAUCCCCAGUACCCCAACUCCUGGCCUGAACACACUAUUUCUCAUCGGCUGCACUGAGGCUGGGGCGCAGAGGUUUGCCUCUAGGGGCCUUGGCCUUGGGCAGUCAGGCUGACCACAGAGCGACCUUGGGAAUGCUCCAAAGGAAAAGGCCAGGCUGAGCAGGACGCAGCCUCCCGGCCGGGGCUUCUCCAAGGAGUUAGAACCCAGGCGCCCCCUCCCUGCUGUGGCCUCUCGUGGUGGCUCACACUCACCUACAUCGUGGACAGGCCCUGAUCUAACUCAGCCAUCCCAGACGUCAGCAUCUGCACCUGUCACCUUGGAGGAGGGAGCAGUGUGGAUCCUCAGAUGUCACCUACGGAGAAACUGCUCUCUGCUGUGUCCCCACCUUGUGUUAUGGCACGCCCAGCCUUGCCAUCCACCAUCUCCCAGAGGCGGGGCCUGAAGGCGAGCAUCCAGCAUCCUGGGGAGAGAAGCGUGUGCUGCAUCAUUAGAUUUCAUGUUGUUAAAUUAGGCUUGGCCGACUCCAGCACGACCAGGAUGUCUGGAAGUUCUGAACCAGGAGGGCAGGUCCAGUCACCCUGCUGCUAGGAGGUCUGCUUGGGUUCAUUAUGUGCCAGACUCAUUUGCAUUAGAAAGAUUUUUAAAAAUACACCCCAAAGCAUCAGUUUUCCAGCCCACCAACCAGCGACAGGCCGGGCACCUUCGUCCAAGAAGUCCUGGAAAACUGCUCGAAGCAUUCUGUGGCUGUGGAUCUGGAUUCAGCCGGGUUUCUGGGCCACAGCAUCUACAGAAACAGGCACCUCUUUGAGAAGGAGCAGGGUGACUGCUUCUUCUCUGGGGUUCUGCAGUGGACAGUGGUGACAGUUACACAGCUCUGUGAGUGGGCUACAGGGUGCUGAGCCUCACGUAUUAAAACACGCUGUUCACAAACCAAAAGAAAGCAAUAAAGCAGCCUACCGAUGUCUCUGAUCUGGCAGGAUCCAGCUCCUGGGGCCUGGCCCUGCCUUGGCGGGAGGGACAUCUGCGGGACGUGGGCACUGGACAGGCCCAGUUUCCUCAGCGAGAAAAUCUGGGUGGCGAAUUAAAAAUGACACUGGGAGAAGCAGCGUUGGGUCAGGGAUUCAAUGGCUCCAUGCGGCAGGCUGACAGACCCUGGGGAGGACAGCGGCCAGGCAUGGAGAGGCAUUGGGAAGGGGGCAUAGGCUGCAGAGCUGGGCGGCACCCAAGCUGGGGGUGAACCUGGGAUUUGUGCCUGAGCCUCUGAGCGGCUGAGGCCAGGCUCCCCACGAGCCCCAAGGAUGCUGGUGGUGCCUGCACACUCCCGGGCCCUGCGCCCUGUGCCUGUGUGCUGACACAUUUCCCAAAGAACCAGCUGGCAAAGGAUGUGGUGAGCCUGACGCACUGGCUUGGCCCCGCCCCAGCCAUGGGCAGCCACUGUCCUUGGCCUCGAAGGGGAUACAGCAUGUCCAGCUCUUCCUAAGGACUUUGAGGACAACUCUGGGCAGAUUUCCCCACGGCUGGGUUUCAGAACCACAUUCCGGCUGGCCGAGGGCUCGAGGAGGCCUCUGUCGUGAGACCUGGCCCCCUGCUGUCCUUGUGGCCUGCGCAGGCCUGUGCCUCUUUGUGGUUUCACUGUGACUCAGGCUGAGUUAGGGGAAGCAGGAGGCCAGGUGAGCUGAGCCGUCAUAAGGCCCAGAAGAUGAAACACAGGUCCCCCGACCCGGAAUUUUCCAGCCAUUGGCCACCCAGCAUGACUCAGCCCUGCCAGGCUCGGGGGAAGUCCCCGGGCCUGCCGUGCCCACUGCAGCAGCAGGAGUUGGGCAAGCGCCCACCGGCCUUAUCACCCAGUAGGACUUUUCCACUGUGGCCCAGAGGCCCUCAAAGCCACCCCUUGCCUAAGACAGACUUCCUGUGGCGCCCGGGGCCCUGGUCCCCACUCUGUACUGUGGCUUCCCACCACUCUGUGCUGUGGUGUGGAAGACAGCAGCCCGUAGGAGCCAUCUGCCAUUCACACCUCAGCCCGGAAGUGGGGGCGCGGCAGGUUUUGCAGAUGGGUACACACGGGCCGAUAUCCAAGGCCGUGACCAGAACGCAGGCCCGCUUCUUGGUGGCCCCUGGCCCCACACCCAGGGUAGCUCCUUGACUGCCCUGUCUGAGGGGGAGGAGGAACCCCUGCCCAAGCAAAGUGUGUGUCUCAUACAUUGCCACCCCUGCUGUGACUCGGGCAGCGACCCCGGCUGACCUGCCUUUUCCUGAUGGUGGGGCAGGAGCUCUGAGUCUCCCAGACAAAGCCUGUGACCUUCGAAGGGGGAGCCAUGAGCCCAGGAAAGGCUGCCAGCCCCUCCCCCGGGGCUUCAAGAACCCCAAGUAAAGGCCCUCCCAUCUGGAGGAGCCAAGGGGUCCCUGGGCAUGUGUGACGGGCCCUCUUGCCCAGGCCUCCGCGGCCGAGUCCUCACACUGUGCUCCAGGCCCUCCCAUGGCAUCCAGCUUCUGCUGGGCUCAGAAAACCCAAAUCAGGUGGCCCGGAUGGAAGUCAGGCUCUUCCUUCAGUCCCAGCUGAUAAGAGGGGCAGGGGGUUCCCUUAGUCCCCAUAGUGCAGCACAGAAGUUUGUCUGGAGCCCUUUUCCGGGGCAGAAGGAAAGGCCCUGGAAGCUGUCCUGGGAGCUGACCCUGCCCCGGCCUCUGGGGUGGGACCCAGCGCUCACGGGUGUGUGUCUCCAGAGCUCAGCGGCCACGGCCACACCUGGUCACUGCAGCAACAGUGCAGUCUCAGAGCUGUGGGCUGGGUCCCAAAGGCCCUGGCCCUGGCCCCUGGCUGCAGCAGUCCCAGAUGUGGACAGCCGAGGGCUCAGCAAGGCCUCCAUGGGACAGCCUCGCCAUCAGCACCGACCUGCUGCCGGAGCGACCUCUGAGGGCUGGUGUGGGCCUGGGCAUCCCAAGCGUGCCUUAGUGCUCGGGACCAAGGGCCAGCAGGUCCCGGCUUUGCAAGCUGCUUUUCCCUUCCUUUUCUUCUCCUCCCUGCUCCCCGCUCCUUGUCUUCCUCGCCCUCCCCGGCUUGGGAUGAGCCCAGGCCUCCCUGGCCAGGCAAGCAUACGGCCACUGAGCUGCACGCUAACCCACAUGAUCCCCCCUUUGCUUCCACCAUGGAGCCCUGCUGAGAGGACACCCUCCAUGCCAGGCUGCUGUGUGGCUUUGAGCUGCCCUCCCCAGCCAUGUCUUUGUGUGGAAAACCAGAAGGGGGAAGUCAAAACCCCCUGUCCGGGCUGGGGAAGCCCAGAGGGGACUCUGAGGAGCACAGGUCAGCCCCUCCCCCCACGCUGCCCCGUCCUAGGACAUGGCCUGCUGUGGAGCCCCUGCCAUCUCUUUCCCGAUGCAGGUCCAGCUCCUUCCUGCCCAGGGCCUGGCACAGGCUGCUGCCAGACCUUGCACUCCUCGCCGGGCAAGAUCUGCUCACUCCCCCCCUAUACCCACUCAGACCAUGUGCUCAGGGACACCUCAAGCCCUAUUGGUGUGGACCUUGUGACAGCCACCCUGUGGUUCCUGGUCACUCCCAACAUACACAUUCAGCGCUUAGCCAUUUCAUGUCAGAGCCUUUGGUGGCUGACUCAGUCUUGA